AUGCUAGUUGAAUUAACUUCUGAGUUCGUAACGAACCAGAAAGCUAAAUUGAACUAGUAUGUGCAAAGAGCCAAUCAGGAUUAAGACUCCAUUGUAUCUCUCUCUCUCUCCUCUGUCUCUGUGUGUGGUGUUCAGGUGGAGUUGUUUGAGAAGGACAUAGAGUAUCUGAAGACAGAGCUCAACCACGUCUCGGCCACUGACACAUCCCCUAUCAGUCUCUAUGAGUACUUCCACAUCUCUCCUAUCAAGGUAAGCUUCGGUGUCACCACAGUGCAUUUACUGUGUGUUAUAUUGCGUUAGGACACCAUGGUCUGACCAUUAAAAUCUCUAGGCCCUUUAGUCAUGAAGUGUUAUUGACCAGUUAUGUACCAUAGCAAGGGCUUCUGACCAGUAAAAACGUAUGGGCUUGGACUUUUUCCUGGUCACAUCAUAGGGUCAGUAAAUCUGCCCUAGGGAUGAUCUAUCUAUAAAAAUGCAUGUUUGUUUGGCAGCUGCACCUGAGUUUCUCUCUGAGUUCUGGAGGAGAGGAUGGUAACAAGGAGAAGAGGGAGACCGAGAUCAUCCCUGUCCAGUCCCUCAAUCUGCUGCUGAAAAGCAUCGGCGCAACCCUCACUGACGUGCAGGAUGUCGUCUUCAAGUAUGUACACAUACAAUUGUAUUUUAUCAGGGAGUCAUACUGAGACCAAGGGCAAUUUUACAGAUGAGCCCUGAAUUACAGAAAAUACACACAUCAAUAUUAAUACAAAAUGCAAGCAGAAAGAACAACACGGUCAUAAAAAAUAAAUAAAACAUUAAUCAGUUAUAAGGUCCUCAAUCAGCUUUAUGAAUUGCCCUAGAGGCACCAAAACAUCACAUUUUAAGAACAUUUAGAAAAUUGUUCCACAAUUAAGGUGCAAGAAAACUAAAAGCUGAUUUACCGAACUCAGUAGAGACCAAAGGAAUUUCCAGAGUUAACCGUCCCUGACACCGGGUGUGGUAACUCGUAUGUCUAAAGUUUAGUAAAGAUGUUAGGUACAGUUUGACUUUUUGUAAAAGGACUUUAUAAAUGAAAACAUAGCAAUGUAUCAACCUACUAUACGUGACAUAAAAGAGAGCCAACAUUUUCGCCCGUAAUAAAGCGCAGUGUGCGAUGAUAAACUGCAUCUAACGGCUGUAAUGAAGUGGCAUCUGCGUUCAUAUAGAUGAUGUCGCCAUAGUCUAGGACCGAUAGGAACGUCGACUGAAUAAUCUGAUUUCUACAAUUUAGCGAGAGGCAGGACCUAUUUCUAUAGAAGAAGCCCAUUUGUAUUCUCAGCUUCUUAACUAACCCAUCAAUAUGCUUUUUGAAGGACAGCUUUUCAUCUAUCCAGAUGCCCAGAUAUUUGUAAUAAGGGACAUGAUCAAUGUAGACACCAUCCAGAGUACAUAUGCUUAAAUCAUCAGUUAUUUUUGUGCUCUAGAAAACAAUGUAUACUUAGUUUUACCUGCAUUCAAUACUAAUUUCAGGUCAGUCAAGUUUUUAUGUAAUAGAAUGAAGGCAGACUGUAGUUCAGAUGGAGCCUGGUCAACCGUGGGGGCAAUAGCAUACACAACAGUAUCAUUGGCAUACAAGUGCAGGUUAAAAAUUUAUAUUGUUAGUGUAAAAAGUACAGGACCCAGAAUUUACCCCUUCUGGACACCUUUCGUAAUAUCCAGGAAACCUGAUUUAACACCAUUGAGUUCUAUCUGUCAAGUAAUUUUAAAGCAGUUACAUGUAUCCUGGUCUAGGCCAAUUUGAGGAAAGCCUUUAAAUUAGCAGUGAGUGAUCAACAGUAUCGAAAGCCUUUGACAGGUCAGCACAUUGUUGCCUUUUUUCCAUCCAGUUAACCACAUAAUUUACAACUACGGAUGCAGCAGAGGUAGUGCUAUGGUCUAAAACCCGACUGAUGUACAUUUUAGAAUACAUUUCAAAGAUAAGAAAGAUCUUAGCUGAAAAUUAAUUAAGGAUUCUAAUAUUUUAGCUAGGCAAGGAAGUUUGGAAAUAGGGCGAUUUUAAUUAUUUAGGACACAAGGGUCAUCACCUUUGUGAAGGAGGAGUACAUGGGCUGCCUUCCAUACCUUGGGGAUAGUACCAGAUAUAAUUGUCAGGUUAGAAAUAUGGGUUAAUGAUUCAACAAUAAGGGGGGCAGACAGCUGUGGCAAAAAUGGAUCUUAACAAUCUUAAGUAAGUCAUCUAGCACAUCACAGAUAGUAAAUUGUUGAAAUGAAAACAGAUUCACUAGAAGUUGAAUCAGCUAGAGGCUGGCCGAGGGAAGAGCAGUCGAUUGACCGACCAGGGUCAAUUAAACCACAGUUUCUUACAAAUAAAAAGCCUGCCAUGAUGAUGAUGAUGAUGAUGAAGAAGAAUAAAAGCAUGACUUAUUCCAUUCUUCUCAGUGAUGCCAGAGUCAGACAAAACUUGCUUAGGCAGGGAAGAAGAGGAAUUUGUACGCUUCCGUGCAUUUAUUGUUUUCCAACAUUUUUAAGAAUCACCAGCAGAGUCAGAGAGAGAGCUUAAAAAGUAGCUUGAUUUAGCUUUCUUAAUCGAGAUUGUCAGUCCAAUACAGAGUCAGUUUUCCUUGCUUUGGCCCCGGCCUGAUACCUCAUCUGAAUGAGCUCAGAUAGCCCCGAAGAUCUAACCCUUGGUUUUCUAUCUUUGACUCUGAAUUGUUUAAAGGGGUGUGUUUAUCUGCCAGAGGAAUAAAUAUGGAGGAUAUAUUUUCUAGAGCCAACUCAGGGUCAACUCAGAGUUGGGAAUAUAGGAGAUAGUGGCUUAACCGGAGUAGAACAUAUCACGUAAAAUGAUAAUGGCUCGCUCGCUCUCUCACACACACACACACACACACACACACACACACACACACACACACACACACACACACACACACACACACACACACACACCAUACAGAGACUGUACAAAACCACUUAAUGCUAUUUAUUUGCUUAUGGCAAGGCUUUAUUCGACCAUGUCCUUGUUUUGUAUACAUUUACACUAGUGUCUGACCCAAAGUCAUUUUCUGUAACUUCCUUAGAUUGGCCUUCUUCGAGCUGACCUUCCAGUUUCGCACUCGCCAGCAACUACAAUGGGAGGUCAUCAGACACUACUCGAAACAGGUAACAUCUCACACACAUUCCACUCCAAGUGGGCACUAAUGGCCAAAUCCUAAUUGGAAAUGUGCACAUCCAACGGCAAUGUUCCCACAAGUCUCCCAUUUACUUCAAUUAAUGAUUUAUGCGAAAAAUUGAGUUCAAUACAGGUUCCUCAUGUUAGGAUUCCCCUUUCUAACAAGUAAUUUAGUUACUAUGAUACACAACUGAGCCAUGUUCUCAUCUGUGUCCCAGGCGAUAAAGCAGAUGUAUGUGCUGGUGUUGGGCUUGGACGUGCUGGGAAACCCCUUUGGACUGAUCCGAGGUCUGUCGGAGGGAGUGGAGGCUUUCUUCUACGAGCCCUAUCAGGUGAGACUACAGUACAACCAAUAUGAACCACACCAGGUAGGAGCUAAAUCACUUGUAGCACUGAACACUGCCAGUAUGGAUGUGUAAUACUUGACACAGUGCGGUAGUUAUCUGUAUAGGUGGUAUGUAUCUGAGUAAUUCUGUUUUGGGGUUCCUCAGGGAGCUAUCCAGGGGCCAGAGGAGUUUGUGGAGGGUAUGGCGCUGGGGGUGAAAGCGCUGGUUGGAGGAGCAGUAGGUAAGUAAUGCUCUCGCUCAUCUCUUUUCUUCUAACCUUGAUUCUCUUUAGUUCCCUCUGCCAUCCCUCCACUUCUGACUUAACUGUAUUUCCCCCCUGACAUAUCUCUCUCUCCUCUCUACUUGGUCCCUCUCUCUUCUUCUCCACUGUGUGUUCACUCUGUCCCCUCUCCCAGGUGGCAUUGCGGGCGCUGCCUCCAGGAUCACAGGCGCCAUGGCGAAGGGUGUGGCUGCCAUGACGAUGGACGAGGAGUACCAGCAGAAGAGACGGGAGGCCAUGAACAAGCAGCCUAGCGGCCUGAGAGAGGGCCUGACCCGCGGAGGCAAAGGACUGGUGUCUGUGAGUCUGACCCACUAUAGUACACUAACCCCAAUACUGCCUAACUGGUGUCUGAUAAUCUAACCCAGCAACACCAGCACAACCGGGACCUGUUCAGUAGGACCCAAUGUAGCAAAACAUUUUGCAGGGGUAAUUGAAGAUAAGCAUUGUUGUCAAUUGAACACAACCAGUAUAGCUGAGCAGUAGAAACAGUUUCUUAGACCGGUUCUCUCUCAGACCUGCUGCUGUCUGUAACACUCUCCCUUUCUCCAUCUCAGGGCUUUGUCAGUGGGAUCACAGGGAUCGUCACCAAGCCCAUUAAAGGUGCUCAGAAGGAGGGCGCGGCGGGCUUCUUUAAGGGUGUGGGCAAGGGGCUAGUGGGUGCUGUGGCCAGACCCACUGGAGGCAUCAUCGACAUGGCCAGCAGCACCUUCCAGGGCAUCAAGAGGGCAGCUGAGACGUCCCAGGAUGUGGAGAGUCUGCGUCCGCCUCGCUUCAUCCACGAGGACGGGGUCAUCCGACCAUACAAGGAAAGAGAGGGCAUCGGCAGCCAGAUGCUACAGGUAACAGGAAUUCUCUGGAAAACGAAACUAACCCUUAUUUCCUCUGUAAACAGAUGGCUCCCCUGACCUGGGUGGUGUUCAUUAGGCACCAAAUUGAAGAAAACAAACUGACAUUGGGAAGGGACUACAUGAACCUGCUCAUCUUCGUUUUCUGUUGCAAAACUUGUUUAAAAGUUUUCCCUCUCGUGUCCUAAUGAACACGACCCUGAGGUAUUCCUCAUCACAAGGUCAAGGUUCAUGUUAACAUAGAAACAUCCCCUUUCUCUCCAUCUCUCACUCCACUUCUCAACCCCUUAUUACAUCUCAGUCCAGAUAGAUUUUCAUCGUCAUUAUCUCUUUCAUCCUCACCUCUGAUAAUGUGUGUUCACCCACCUGCUCUAAAGUUCUCCUAUAGAGCAUGGCUGUUGUAGCUCUCUGUGUGUGUAGUCCGACUUAGUGAUGGAAGUGGCAGAGGUCAAGUUCCUGCCCGACUAGAUGCUCAUGCGUUGCAUUGCAUCAACCAAUGGUUGCAUUCCACGUCAUGGAGUCGGGCAUCACUGUGCAGUCGGGCAUCAGAUUGCUAUAUCAAAUGAUGUGGUUAGCUAAUAUGUUAAAUACCUAUCCAGGCGUUGUAAAAUCUGGCAUGCGUCUGCAAUGUAGUCGAGCAGGAACAUGACCAGAGUUGGGGCCGAUUCCAUUUCAAUUCAGUCAAUUCAAUUUGACUCUGAAUUGAAAUGGAAUUGACCCAACCCUCGUCAGUGGCCUGUAGGGCUGUAGUGGAAUGGGACCGUCAUGAGCAGAAGCUGUAGUGAGCCAAGGCAUUGAUGUGUUGGCUGUAAUUUUGUUUUGUGUAGUUGUGGUGUCACUAUACUUGUGGUUUCUAGCUGUAGCUUGUGUACAAACAGUUUAUCUUGAAGCUGUACUGUACUUCUGUAUUGAUGUUUCAUUGAGAAUGCUGAAGUGUUGUGAUCAUUUUAUUCAAAAACAAGAUUUCCAUAGAGCUAGAGAUUAAUAGUAGCGUCAGAGACUGCCUGCCUGUCUGCCUGCCUGUAUGUCUGCCUGUAUGUCUGCCUGUAUGUCUGUCUGUCUGCCUGUAUGUCUGCCUGUAUGUCUGCCUGCCUGUAUGUCUGCCUGUAUGUCUGCCUGUAUGUCUGCCUGUAUGUCUGCCUGUAUGUCUGCCUGUAUGUCUGCCUGUAUGUCUGUCUGUAUGUCUGUCUGUAUGUCUGUCUGUAUGUCUGUCUGUCCUGACGUUGGCUUUGUCUUCUCUUGUCAUGUCCACAGAAUACCGUGGUCUCCACUGAAUGGAGUAGAACUGUCAGUGAUGAUGAUGAUGCUGAUGAUGACGAAAAAGCACUGUAUACAUCAAAUGUGUUAUUGUUACUAUUAUUGAUGUGGAUGAUAAGUAGAAUGGAAUUGAUAAGCACUGGUUAAUGCUUUGGUCUUUCAUAGUUUAUCUUGAAGCUGCACUGUACCACUGUACCACUGUACUGGCGUUUUGAGUCGUGAAAUGUGAUCAUUUACUUCAAUGGAAACGAGAUGGUUUUGUAGAGCUAAAGAUUAUUAGAGACGGGCUUGUCUGUUCUGACUUUGGCUUUGCCUUCUCUCUUGUCAUGUCCACAGAAAAGGGUGGCCUUCACUGAAUGGAGUAGGACUGGCAAUGAUGAUGAUGAUGAUGAUGAUGACAGCUAGAAUGGAAUUGCUAAGUCCUAGUUGAUGCUUUGGUCUUCCAUAGCUUUUAAUGUGUCCUGUCUGUUUGUGUCGGUCAUUGUGGAGUAGCCUGCUCCAGCAGGAUAUUUUAACAUUCAAUGCCUCCUGAAGAACACGAAUAACCAGCUGCCAGCCCAUUUGUCAUUCUCGGCUGUUCUUAUUUUUUGGUAACUCUAGAUAUGCACUGUAUUUGAAUUGUUUUAAUAAAACACCUAUGUAUUCUCAGGAUUCUGCUGCUGCAGGACCCCUUGCAAUUUGUCAUGUAAAACCAUAAUUCUACUUAUUUUAACAGUCAUCUGUCAUUUAACCUUCUACCCUAUCAUGUAAGGGGGAGGAGUCAGAAAACCAAGAGACUCGUCAAUGAUAAUAUUUGAUCAGAAAAUAAUUCAUAAUAUUCUAUCUUAGAGCAAGGGGAACAUUUUAGUUUAUAUUAUUCAUAUUAAAGCUGGAAUCCUUAAUGGGAUUUUUGUAUCUACUUCCCCAGAGUCUGAUGAACUAAUGGAUACUAUUUUUAUGUCUCUGUGUCCAGUAUGAAGGAAGUUAGAGGUAGUUUUGCAUGCCAAUGCUAACUACCGUUAGCACAAUGACUGGAAGUCUAUGGGUAUCUGCUAGCAUGCUCACCUCUGACCACAAAACAAAAACAAUAACAAAUAUGCUGGGGGCGGACAGUGGUGCUGUUUCCCCUAAUGCAUAUUCCAUCUUAAGUUAAUAUGAAAUAUAUUGUAUUGGUCUGGACAGGAGGUACGUAAUAGUCAGUCAGCAGUCCUCCAUCUUGGCAUUUUGGUCCCUCCCUCUUUCAUAAGAGUCCUUGCUAUGCGCUCAGUCAUUUACUCAUAGCCAGCACCACUUCCCUUCCUUCUGAAUAAAGUGCAUUUUGAAACAUCUAUUUCAUCGUCUUCUCAUCCCUACCUUUUCCUAUCACUUCAUCAACACUCAUUACCAUGCUGUUAUGAACAGAUUAUAAACGGUCUAUAACAGGUAUGCAUUGGACUCAAUGAAGUAUCAGUGUACCGCAGUGGAAUAUUUAGAUGUUGUUUGACAUAUCUCCAGUCAAAGAUGAAAGAUGAUGGCCCUGUUUGAAUACAUUAAAAGCAACCUUCCUUCCCUUGAAGUUAUCACUGAUCUUACGCAAAUUGAUGUGGAAGCACUGUUGUAGCACAGCUUUCUCCAAGCCAGCCAUGUCAGAUCAGGAAUUCCUUCAAAGAGGGGAGAAAGGAAGGAUGCAUUCAUCAAGUAAGCAAACAGGGCCUAGGAAGUGUCCAGUAUACAAGUUAUUGUCAGAUCAGUAGGGAAAGUCGAUGUAGGUCAGUAACAAUACUCGUCAGAUCAUCUGCCAGAGCCAGUGAAAUGGUGACCAUUCCGAAGCCAUUUUAAUCUAACUUUGAAAAAGGUACCAAAUUACUCAUUUAUGUAUCAAAUCAACAGUAGACUUAGCAUAUAGCAUAGCAUAUGUGUUUACAUACCCAAUUUGAAAAAUGUGUGCAUAUUUUCUAGAAAAUGUGUUUAAACAAACCUGAUAAGUUAAUUUUUCUCUUUUAGAAAAUUGAAAAUGGAAGGUUCGCCAAGUACAGAUACUUUGCGCACGCCAAAGUGAACGAGUCCGAUUUCCUGAUGAUCACCAAAAGGUAGGAGGCUGGCUCGGGUUUGCUUUAAAAGUGGACUGCAGUGGCCUACAGAGUGCUGUUGUUUCAGUUCCUGUGUCACUGUCUUGAAUGUUCUGAGGCUCUCUCUCUCUUGCGUUUCGCCAGGGGAAUCUUUUUCGUGACCAAAGGUACAUUUGGGCAGCUGACCUGCGAGUGGCAGUAUCUGUUUGACGAGUUCACCAAGGAGCCCAUGAUCGUGGAGGGGAGGAGGCUUCGGAUCGAGGCCAAGGUAUCCUCAUCUGCUCAUUGUGAUCCAUACACACUAAUAACUACCACAUGAAACUCUCUUUUACUAAACUGCUUAUCAUAUCCAUCUGAAUAAACCGCUCCCGUUUCCAACCUGCAUGAUACUCACCAAAGAAGUAGCUUUCACUAGCUGGAAGAAAUACCCCUGCAUAAGAAAUACCCCUUCACUCAUUUGCAUCCAAACUGUUUGUUCCUCUGUAUUAACACUAGAACCACUGGGCUUUGAGGGACACCCCUUCAAGCUAAUGAGAAGUCAUUCUGACUGCAACUUUCUAACAGUUUAAUUAAUACAUGUCAUAUAUGCUAUUGGUAAAAUAAUAAUUUGGUUGUGUUCAUGAAGGUGUUAAGUAACAUAAUAAUAAAAUAGCAUUUAUUAGUUUGUUACUGUAGGCUAUAUGUAAAAACACAAACACAAAUUCAACUGUUCAAUCAAUUUUAUUCAUGGUAUUUUGUUACAACAAUGAAACAGAAACCAUGUGUUGGAACAGAUUUUUUUAUUUAUUACAAAAUACCCCAACCACACAGACGCAUUGGUCAGCCUAACGCGUGUUCAAAUUAUUAAAAAAGUAGCCUAAACAUAAUUAUAAGCGCCAAGUGUGCUUGAUAAUUAGUGAAAAUCUGCACAAAAGCAAUUAUAAUGAAUGUGUUGAUAUGAUAGCAGUCAAUUGUCAAUUAUUUUCAGCUGGUGCUUACAUGGUGUGCAUUUUCACACAAUGGCAUCAGUUGGAUUUCAUUUAGCGCUUAUCCCUUUUCUUAAAUCUUCGCCACUUUCACUUGAUUGACACACUUCCCACAAACACGUCACUUGCAGGUGAUACAGGUGUCUAGGGUCCUGGGAGCUGUGCGCAAUUUGGCUCGUGGGGAAUCUUUGCUGCUGCCUUGGCCCUCAUGUCUCUCACGUAGCCCGUAUGCCAGACUCAUGAUGAUUCUCUCCUGGGCAUGGUGUUGUCGAUGCACUGCUUGAACAACACUUGUGCGUUGAUGGCAGCCAAGUCACGCUUGUUGUAGAACACAGCAACAGGCCAGCGGUGGGUGCCUCCUUUCAGAGUACAGCCGUGCCUUCUAAUCCAAAACAGCCACACCAACCUAUGGAACAGAAUUGAGUAGAAAACAUUAGCAUUAUUUUCCCAUAGGAAAAACAACACGUGUUAUACAGAAGAGCAUAAUGCAUUGCAUAAGUUUGUCUAUAUAUGGCAAUGGAUAUGAUGUAAUAUUGACAUGCCUUUGCUUGGUUGUAGUGCGUAAUAGUAUCCGUUUUUCUCUUAUUGUGUCCCUGUCGAUGGCAACUGUCUGAUGCAUGGUGCUCAUGACAGAAAUGGUAUUUCUUGCCUUGCAUUAGUAAAGUGUGAGUUGUCUUGUCAUUCUUCAGCACCAUUGUAGAGUACAACGCCUGUGCAGGUGCCUUAUUUUGCACAGAGGGAGGGAGCUCCCGUCUCGUUUUGUUCAUGGUGCCGACUAGGCUUGUUUUAUUUGCAAGCAACUUGUUCGCCAAUGACAGUGAAGUGAAUAAAUUGUCCUUGCCAACGUAAGGUUCCACAAGCCUCAUCACCACAUUCUCCGACACUCACUCAUCUGCUGCCCGAUGUGAAUCUUUUCCCAAACGGUGCCGUCCCUUCCUCACUCCUGUCUCACGGUUUCAUUUGGUAGUGGCGCAGGCACCUGCUCAGUGCGUACCGUUCUGGCUUUUUUGCGCUUAGGCCUCGGAGGUGUAGGUUCAGGCUGAGGCUCAGAAUCAGAAGAAUAAUCAUCAGAUGUCAUGAUUCAUUUCUUCCCCACCAUCUGAGUCGUUUUCAUUCAGAUCUUGUAGCAGUGCUAACGCAGCAUGAAGCAUGUAAAUUGCGCACACUUUCACUGUGUACUCCAAGUAGACCUUAGUAGACUGAUAAGACUGCUUGGAUUUGGUGCUGAUAUAGGGUACAUAACAUUUUGAGAUUAUAAUUAGAAUAUACCAAUAGAAUGGCCCGCCCUGUUCUUCAUUCACAAUUGGUGAUUUACAUAAUUAUGCAUUGUUUGCUUCCCCUCCCUCAUCAACUUACCCAUUCUCCCUCUUUUUCCCCCAUCCUACUUUACUUCAGUUAUUUCAUCUGUUAUGUGUAAAAUUAGUUUUGGUAUAUUUUAGGCUCCGUUUCGAGGCAAUUAUUGGGGUGAUUAUCAACUGGGCACUACACAUUCCAAUGUCGGGAGAAGGAGCAGAGCAGGCCCUACUGUCAGGAGGAGGGAGGGGGCAACGGGGGAAAACCCAUUCAAUAAUGCCCUCUUAAAACUGGUUAUAACUUCAGUUCUGUUUGUGAUAUUAAGAUUCUAACACUGAUAGUGUGUUCUAUAGACUUAUUUAGGGAAAGUCAAGGACAGAGGUGGACAUGACUUUUAAAAAAUAUAGUAAUAAAAUAAAUACAUUCAUAACCAGUCAAAAUGACUGCUUUAGCAGUUCUAGUGCUAACAGUAUCUCACAGUACAUCCCCCUAUUUCUCAGAACUCGUGUGGAACUAAAAACCUCUUUCCUGUGUUUCAGGAGAGAGUAAAGUCUGUGUUUCAUGCCAAAGAGUUUGGGAAGAUUAUAAACUUCAGAAGUCCAGAAAUAGCCAAGGUGGGUUAACACAAAACUCACACAAUAGUUUAUUUAGGAUGUGGUUCAAGUUGUAAUGUGACUUUUGAUGGUGAAGUUCUAUGGUGUAGUAUUGAAAUGUGUGUGGUUUUGUUCAUCUGCAGUGGGUUCUUACCAAGCUUGAAGACGCCAGGGAGAGUCUACACAAAUACUGA